AGCGUGUAGGUGCACACCAAGGGCGGGGACAGAGCGCAAAGUGGGAGAGACAGAGAGCACACAGAGGCACCGUCUGGUGAGAGACAAGGAGCAGAGAGACGAAAGCACCUCUCCCGUCCCCGAGCUUUGUGCCUCCUCAAUUCAGGGCGCUGCGCAAUUUACUGAAAUUAGUAAAGCGCAGAAAAAUAAGAUUUGUUGAACUUAUAUAUCUGCAUAGGUUAAAACUAUUUAUCAAAAUGGCCAGUAGCCCUGUGGCAAGGGUGCUGGCGGUACUCCUAAUCGGAGGAGCUGUGAACUGUUUGCCCAAAGGCACUGGGAAAUCCAGGAGACAAGCACAGGAGAAAUUCCCCAGCGGAGGGGACUCGCCAGCGGUGUCAUCAGUGUCUCAAGAGGGCUGCAUUGAAAACGGACAGUUUUAUGGAAUUAAUGAACAAUUUGAACGUUCCUACCUGGGAAGUAUGCUCAUCUGCACAUGUCACGGGGUUGAUGGAAUUAAAUGUAAAACGAAGCCAGAAGCCGAGGAGACAUGCUACGACAAAGUAAACGAACGCUCCUACCGGGUGGGCGAGACGUAUGAGCGACCCAAGGAAGGGAUGAUCUGGGACUGCACAUGCAUUGGCUCCGGGCGCGGAAAAAUCAGCUGCACCAUUGCAAACCGUUGCCACGAGGGGGGAAACUCUUAUAAGAUCGGGGACACCUGGAGGAGACCUCACGACACCGGGAACUACAUGCUGGAGUGCGUAUGCCUCGGAAACGGAAAAGGGGAGUGGACCUGCAAACCCCUGGCCGAGCGUUGCUAUGACAAUGCGGCAGGGACAUCAUACCUAGUCGGGGAGACCUGGGAGAAACCAUACCAGGGUUGGAUGAUCGUGGACUGCACCUGUUUGGGAGAAGGGAGUGGCCGUAUCACCUGCAGCUCUAGAAACCGCUGUAACGACCAGGACACUCGGUCAUCCUACCGUAUCGGAGACACGUGGAGUAAGACGGAUGCCCGUGGGAACGUCCUGCAGUGUUUGUGCACGGGCAACGGCCGUGGAGAGUGGAAGUGCGAGAGGCACGCCUCACUUCAUACCACUGGCCUAGGUACGGGUUCUCGAGUGAUCACCAACAUCCAGCCUGCGGCGUUCCAGCCGGUGCCUAUGCCAGAGACACCUGCGGAGGGCUCCUGCGUGACGGACUCAGGUCUAGCGUACGCACUGGGCAUGCGCUGGACCCGUAGCCAGGGCGACAAACAGAUGCUGUGCACCUGCCUGGGCAAUGGAGUGAGCUGUGAGGAGAGGGAGAACCCACCUCAGGUGUACGGCGGGAACUCAAACGGCCAGCCGUGUGUGUUUCCCUUCGUGUUCAUGGGGAAGACCUAUUACUCAUGCAUCUCCGAGGGCCGCAGUGAUGGACAGCUCUGGUGCAGCAUCGCCUCCGACUUCGAGACUGAACACAAGUACUCCUUCUGCACGGAGAAGAACGUUCUGGUGUCGACCCGCGGUGGAAACUCCAACGGCGCCCUGUGUCAAUUCCCCUACCUCUACAACGGCCGCAACUACACCGACUGCACCGCUGAUGGUCGCCAGGACGGCAUGAAGUGGUGCGGUACCACCUACAACUUUGAUGGGGAACAGCGCUUCGGCUUCUGUCCAAUGGCAGCACAUGAGGAGGUGUGCACCACCAGCGAGGGGGUGAUGUACCGCGUGGGUGACCAGUGGGACAAGCGCCACGACGUGCUGGGUCACAUGAUGCGCUGCACCUGUGUGGGGAACGGCCGCGGAGAGUGGAGCUGCCUCGCCUACUCCCAGCUCAAAGACCAGUGUAUUGUCGAUGGCAUGACUUACGAUGUGAACCAGACCUUCACCAAGCAGCAUGAGGAGGGCUACCUGAUGAACUGCAGCUGCUUUGGACAAGGCCGAGGCCGCUGGAAGUGCGAUGCUGUUGAUCAGUGCCAAGAGCCAGAGACCAGGGUGUUCUACCAGAUCGGAGCCUCUUGGGACAAAGUCAUCCAUGGAGUCCGCUACAAGUGCUAUUGCUACGGCAAUGGCAUUGGAGAGCUGAGCUGCGAGCCCCAGCAGUCCUACCCAGGUGGCCAUCGCCCUGUGCAGGUGAUCAUCACGGAGUCUGGCAACCAGCCUGACUCCCACCCCAUCCAGUGGAACCCCCCUCCCUCCACCCACAUCAACCAGUACACCCUCAAGUGGAAACAGAAAAACAGCCCUGGGCCCUGGCAUGAGGUGACCAUCCCAGGCCACCUCAACUCGUACACCAUCUCUGGUCUGAAGCCCGGCAUCACCUACGAGGGCCAGCUCAUCAGCAUCCUACGCUUUGGCCACAGAGAGCUCACACGCUUCGACUUCACUACCACAUACGGAUCAUUGGCGGCCGCCGAGGGAGAGACCACCCCACCCCCUCCCAUGGUGGACACCUCUGAGUCCGUGACGGAGAUCACCUCCAGUAGCUUCGUCAUCUCCUGGGUGUCCGCCUCCGACACCGUCUCCGGCUUCAGGGUGGAGUACGAGCUCAGCGAGGAUGGGGGACAGCCUGUCGUCCUGGAUCUGCCCCAUACGGCCACCUCUGUCAACAUCAACGAGCUGCUGCCAGGACGCAAGUACAACGUCAACGUGUAUGAGGUCCCGACUGAGGGAGAGCCCAAUCUCAUCCUCACUACCUCCCAGACCACUGCUCCUGACGCCCCCACUGAUCAUGAAGUGGAGGAUGUGGAUGAGACCGACAUCACCGUCAGCUGGUCCAAGCCUCUGGCCCCCAUCACAGGUUACCGUGUGGUCUAUACUCCAUCCGUCGAGGGUGGCAGCACAGAGUUGACCCUGCCCGAAACGGCCACCUCUGUGACCUUGAGUGACCUUCGCCCCGGCCUGCAAUAUAACAUCAGCAUCUACGCAGUGGAGGAAAACCUGGAGAGCGAGCCUGUGUUUGUACAGGUCAACACAGCCGGAGACCCACUACCAGAGGAAGUCCCCUCUCCGACUGACCUUCAGUUCUUCGACGUGUCCGGCUCCAAGAUCACCCUCACCUGGGCAGCACCAUCCACGGAGGUGUCGGGUUACCGUGUCUCUGUGGCGCCGGUGGGCGCCGACGGGCUGGCUGAGCGACAGCUCCAGCUGCCAAUCACACACAACGCCUACGUGGAGGUGACGCCCCUCAUGCCCGGCACGCUCUACCGCUUCUACGUCUUCGCCCUGAAAGGAGACGAGGAGAGCGAACCUCUGGUGGGAGAACAGGCCACCAAGCCAGACUCCCCUAGCAGUGUCCGUUUCUCUGACGUGACGGAGGACAGCGCUGUGAUCCUGUGGGGGCCCCCACGGGCCCAGAUCACGGGGUACCGGCUCUUCCUGGUGGUGGAGGGCUCCAGUCCCAAGCAGCUGCGCAUCCCGGCCCGGCUGAACCAGUACACGCUGCUCAACCUGCAGCCCGACACCCACUACACCGCCACACUCCACGCUGAGAGGGACAACGUGCUGAGUGAGGGAGCCACCGGAGUGUUCACUACCACCCAGCCCAUGGGCAAUGCUCCCCGUUUCACCACUGAUGUCACAGACACCUCCAUCACCGUCUCCUGGAAACCAGUGCCCAGGGUGGGAUACAAGCUGACUGUGAGACCCAGUCUGGGAGGUGAGGCACCAAGGGACGUGACCUCCGACUCGGGCACCCUCGCCGUCUCUGGCCUAACCCCCGGGGUGGAGUACUCCUACAGCGUCCAGCCAAUCAUCAACGGCCACCACCACGGCAACCCAAUCACGCGCCGCAUAGUCACACCUUUGUCUCCUCCCACUGACCUGAACCUGGAGUCCAAUUCCAAGACAGGCGAGUUGACUGUCCAAUGGGGAGACACCAAGACUCCAGACAUCACCGGCUACAGAGUGACAUGCACACCGACCAAUGGGCAGCAAGGAAACUCCGUGGAGGAGUUUGUGAAGGCGGGCCAGACCUCCUGCACCCUGGAUAACCUCAGUCCUGGCGUGGAGUACAACGUCAGCGUCGUCACCGUCAAGGAUGACAUGGAGAGCACGCCUGUCUCUACCACUGUCACUCAGGAAAUCCCCACGCUAACGGACCUGGAUUUCGUCGACGUCACCGACUCCACCAUCGGCCUGAGCUGGAGCCCGCUCAACUUCACCACGGUAACGGGCUAUCGCGUCACCGUGGUAGCGGCGGGCGACAGCGUUCCCAUCUUCGAGGACAUGGUGGAGCCCACCACCGGCUACUACACCGUCUACGGCCUGGAGCCCGGCAUCGAUUACGACAUCACGGUUGUCACGGUGACGGAGAGCGGCGAGAGCGAGCCUACCACGCUGACCCAGCAGACUGCGGUUCCGGCCCCCACGCGUCUCGGCUUCGGUGAUGUCAGCCCCGAGAGCAUGCUGGUGUCGUGGACGGCCCCUGUCGUCCCCAACACCGCGGACAUUAACCGCUUCGUCGUGCGAUACCACCCCAUCGACAGCGACGACGACACCACCGAGCGCAGUGUGAGCGCAGCCUUCAACAGUCUGAUUCUGCGCGACCUCCUUCCCAACACGGAGUACCUGGUGAGUGUGGUGUGUGUCUACGAGCAACGGGAAAGCUCUCCUCUGGUCGGCACUCAGAAAACACUCCUGGACACCCCCACCGGCCUGCGUUUCUCCGAACUCUCCACCAGCUCCUUCACGGUGCACUGGCAGGCCCCGCGGGCGGCCAUCACCGGCUACCGGCUGCGCUACCAGAUGGUGCGUGGCGGCCGGGCCAAGGACGAGCGGCUGCCGCCCUCACGGAGCCACUUCACCCUGACGGGCCUCAGCCCCGAGACCGACUACAGCAUCAGCGUCUACGCCGUCAACGGAGCGCAGGAGAGCCAGCCUCUCUCUGGACAGCAAGCCACCAUCUCGGACGCCCCCACUGACCUGGAGGUGACCACCUCUUCCCCGUCCAGCAUCACCAUCCGCUGGGACGCCCCCUCCUCAGUCACCGUCAGAUACUACAGGAUCACCCAUGGAGAGAGCGGGGGCGAGAGCCAGCCUAAGGAGUUCACGGUCCCUGGCACCCAGUCGUCCGCCACCAUCACCAACCUGAGGCCUGGGACUGACUACACCGUUACCGUGUACGCCGUCACCGGGAGAGGGGACAGCCCCGCCUCCAGCACCCCCAUCUCCGUCAGACACAAGACAGAGAUCGAGUCUCCCUCUGAGAUGGAGGUGACCGAUGUGAAGGACAGUACCAUCACGGUGCGCUGGACCCCGGCGGUGGGCCCCGUCACUGGGUACAGGGUCACUGGGGUCCCCCGUAAUGGCCAGGGCCCCUCCUUCACGGAGACAGUUGCUCCAGACCAGACUGAGAUGACGUUCUCCGGCUUGAUGCCCACUAUGGAGUACGUGUUGAGUGUGUACGCUCUGGGACAAGAUGGAGAGAGCCCUCCGCUCGUGGAGACUGUCGUCACCACCGUGGACCGGCCUAAGGACCUGACCUUCUCCGAGGUGGAGGCCACGUCCCUGCGUAUCAGCUGGGAUAGCCCAGACGGCCAAGUGAGCUCCUACCGCGUUACCUACUCCAGCCCAGAGGGGGGCGAGAGAGUGCUGUUCCCAUCGCCGCGUGGAGAGGACGAGUCCGCGCUGAUCCAGGGCCUGCGCCCCGGGACUGAGUACACGGUCAAGGUCAUCGCCCUGCACGACCUCACACCCAGCCCGCCGCUGGUGGGGACGCAGGCAACAGCCAUCCCCUCCCCCACCAGCCUUGAGUUCUCCCAGGUGGGCCCGUCGUCCUUCACCAUCACCUGGCGUUCCCCCAGCGCCCAGCUGACCGGCUACCGCGUGGUCAUCAACCCCACCAGCAAGAGCGGCCCCACCAAAGAGAUCAACCUGGCCCCCGACUCCACCCAGGUCCACGUGCCCGGCCUCAUGGUGGCCACUGCUUAUGAAGUGCAGGUGUACGCUCUGAAGAACUCCCUCACCAGCCGUCCGCUUAAGGGAGAGAUCUCCACUCUGGACAACAUUAGCCCUCCGCGCCGCGUGCGCAUCUCGGGGGUGAAGGACUCCUCCAUCAGCCUCACCUGGCGCUCCAAGACCGACGCCAUCUCCGGCUUCCUGGUGGAGGCCAUUCCCAGCACAGAGGGCGAGAGCACCAUCCAGAGAUCGAUCCCUCCAGAGUCACGUGGAUACACCAUCACAGGUCUGCUGCCUGGCACCACCUACAACAUUAACAUCUACACACUGAGUGGAAACGGACGCAGUGAACCCUUCCGCCUGACGGCCACCACAACCAAGCCAGUGAUUAACCCCCCCACCAGUGUCCAGUUCACGUCCCUGACCCCCAGCAGCAUCUCCUUCAGCUGGGAGCCCCCCCGCAGCCCCAUCACUGGGUACUACAUCACCUACGAGGAGGCAGGCCGUGUGCCCAAGGAGCUGCUGCCCAGGGUGCCCUCCUCCCGCUCCGUCGCCACCAUCUCUGGUUUGAAACCAGGCACUGAGUACAUCAUCAAAAUUGUGGCCCUUCAGAACUCCCAGAGAAGCACGCCUCUAGUGGGCAAAGCUACAACUCAGGUGGAGUCCCCCCUGCUUGUGCCCCAGCUGCCCCUUCCCCACCGGCCCGGCCCCUCCGUCCUGGACGUGCCCGACGAGGAGGGAACCAACUUCAACAGCAACCACGUGCACCUGGUGGGACCCAAUAACCGCGACACGCUUGGCCAGCAGGGCCAGCACAUCUACACCGAGUACCAGAGCCUCGGCCCCAACGAGCAGGGCCAGGUCCUGGGGCCCCAGCAGCGUGAGCCUCUGGUCUACAUCCCGCGCCCGGGGCCCGACGGGGUCAGGGUGCCGGUGGUGAGGGUGAGCGAGGGGCCCCUGCCGGGCCUGGCGUUCGGUUUCCCCGACAACGAGACGGGCUGGAUGCCACAGGAGGCGCAGACGCACACCACCAUCACCUGGCAACCGGUGGCGCAGACAGACGAGUACGUGGUGACCUGCAGCCCCCUGGUGGAGACCACUGAGAAGACCUUCCAGAUGCGUCUGCCCGGCUCCUCGAGCAGCGCCACCCUGAUCGGCCUCACCCCUGGAGCCUCCUACAGUGUGCUGGUGGAGGCGCUGGACGGGGCGCAGAAGAACACGGUGCUGGAGAAGGUCAUCACCGUCGGCAACACUGUUCCAGGGGCGAUCCCGGUGAGCAGGGACGCGUGCUACGACACGUUCACGGCCACGCACCACGAGGUGGGCGAGGAGUGGGAGCGCAUGUCGGAGACGGGCUUCAAGCUGUGGUGCAGGUGCCUGGGCCUGGGCAGUGGCCAUUUCAGAUGCGAUUCAUCCAAGUGGUGCCAUGACAACGGGAAUAACUACCGCAUCGGUGAGAAGUGGGACCGCCACGCAGAGAACGGUCACAUGAUGAGCUGCACCUGCCUCGGCAACGGCAAAGGAGAGUUCAAGUGCGAGCCACAUGAGUCCACAUGUUAUGAUGAUGGGAAGAUGUACCAGGUGGGAAACCAGUGGCAGAAGGAGUACCUGGGGGCCAUUUGCACCUGUACCUGCCAUGGAGGACAACAGGGCUGGAGAUGUGAGGACUGCCAUCGCCCUGGUGCUGAUGUAGAUGCAGACCUGCUGCAGCCCAUACACACAGACGCCUUCGACCGCUACAGAGAGAACGCCCUGCGCAAACUGAAUAUCCAGUGUCCAAUUGAAUGUCUGAGACCAGACCUGUUGGCAGAUGCCCAAAGCCCAACUGAAUAGGGUCCCUCUUCCUCCCUUGUUCUGCUAAGUUUGUGGUUAGCCUUUAUGUGAAGGAAGUUUAUCCCCCCCAACCCCCUAAAAAAAAGAACAACAACCUAUCCCAGCUCCCUAAAAUGAUACUGUCUCACCUUCACCUUCAAGAGAGAAACUGGAGGAUUGUGAAACAAAAUGUCCACCACUCUCUCUGUAGACCAGUUGUUGUGAAGGCUUGGUUGUUAGGACAGGCUGAGAUUUUAGGGAGCUGAGAUGGGACCUGUACAAAAACUGCACGUCUUCCUUACUGGUUCUGAUUUUUGGUUUGGACCAGAACACCAGCACCAUCUUUAUCCUGCUGCACCUUGUUGUACACCUGCCUUUUGCAGUAAGACUCCCUACCACAUCACAUCCUAUCCUGUUGCAUCACUUCCUGUGUAAGAACUGUCUUAUUCACUUUGCUGGGCUUCCCACUCACCCCCACCUUGCCCUCCAGCCCCGUCCACGGCCAAUCGAGAAAGAGAAUGCAAAGCUGACCUAUGCAGUGAACCUUAGUGCCUUACAGUAUUCCCUCUUUGAGGUUUGGUCCCUGAAGGACGUUUUCUACCCCCUUUGAGAUGACGACUGAGAAUGACACAGUGGAGAAGUGACGACGACUGGAAAAAGAAAAUGGCUCAGUGUAUUUAAUAAAGAUUAGUCACAGAUCUCUUCAUCCUCAGAGCGGACCCUACCUGCCUUUAGGACCCCCCUAAUGCUCAGAGAUCAGCAUCCCCUUCAUUUAGUAGACUUUAAGAAAAGAAAUUGAGAAUAUUUUUCAAAAUCAAGCACUGACUUUAUAUGAUCGUCGCAUUGCCUCAUUGGCAGUUGUCGAGCCGGCAUGGAUUUCUGUAGAAAUUGAUUUGGCCAUAUUUUAACUGUCGUCCCUUUUUUAUACCCGGCAACAGCAGAAAGCACUGUGGUUUUAUUGAUGGUUUCAUUUAGUAGAAACACUUAACUGAUAUCGACUUGGUUUAGUGUUAUUGUAAUUUUUUUUGUCGUUAAAAUUGAUUUCAUAUUUUUAUGUUUCUUUUUGGUUGAACUUGUUUUUAUUUAUCCCAAUAUAUGUUAAGCAUUUUUUGUUGGAAUGCAAAUCUUGGGGUGUACACUUUUUUUUGUUUUGAAUUUUUUUAUAUUGUAGGUGCCAAAGUCUAAACUACUGUGGACUUAAAAUCCUUUUUAAUAAAGUUUUACAAAAAAAUAUA